GAACCCAUCCUGCUUCUCUGGGACGACGUUAGCGGACACUGGACUUCGGAAGUGCUUCUCUACGCUGCUUCGAUCAAGGUCGUUUUGAUUAAGGUUCCGCCGAACGCCACCGCCGUCUGCCAACCGGCAGAUGCAGCAUGGAACUUCCCAUUCAAGUGGGGGCUCCGGCAGCUGUGGCUCGACGACAUGCAGGCGCAGCUAAACCAGCCGCGCCCAGAGGGCGAGAAGUUCAAGCUGGAACCUCCAGGACGUGCCGGAAUGUGCAGGUGGGUGCGCCGUAGCUGGGAUGGACUAAGCACCGACACUAUUGCGAAUGGGUACAAGAAGUGUAGUUUG